AAAGUCAGAGAAUGACCUCAGCGCGUCGGCUCGAGGAGGUAAACAACGCUGGGCCGAGGCGGCAAUGGCUAGCCUCAGCUGCUACUAAGUCAACGACUUAAAAUGGCUAGAAACAUAGAGGACCUACCGGAUUCAUGGCCGUGAUCACGUCGAACAUUUUUAUUUUUACACUUCAUUGUUAGAUGUCGAUCGUUGUCUUCAGCUAUGUCGUCACGUGUGUUGAUGCGGCAGCAGUUGAUGCGAGAACAAGCUCAGGAGCAAGAGAGGCGCGAGGCCCAACAACAGGCCUCUGCCUCUCAGCUCCGACCGACUGACUCCACUCCUGCUAUCGCCGUCUCACUGACUCCAAAUGCUGCCUGCCCGCCUCCAGCACAGGUGCCCGUGGAGGUGCUGAAAGUGCAGACCCAUCUAGAGAACCCCACCAAGUAUCACAUCCAGCAAGCGCAGAGGCAACAGGUGAAGCAGUACCUCUCCACCACUCUGAGUAACAAUGCAGUUACUCAGACGCUCGGUGUGUCGCCUGUGCCACAGUGCAGCUCCGCCCCUGAGGUUGCCCACACUGCCAGCAGUGCCCCUAACAGCCCGAUGGCUCUUCUUAACAUCAGUUCCAAAAAGGAGGAAAUCGAAGAUGUUAUCGAUGACAUAAUUAGUCUUGAAUCCAGUUUCAAUGAUGACAUCAUUACAUUGAUGGACUCAGGUCUUCAAUUACCUAGUACGCUCCCAGGAAAUCUAAUGGAGGUCUAUCACAGCCCCGGAAUGGCAGCGCCCACUCUCACUGUCAGCAACUCCUGCCCUGCUGAUCUUCCAAAUAUAAAAAGGGAAAUUACUGAUGCUGAUACCAAAGCUUUUAUGAAAGAGAGGCAAAAGAAAGACAACCACAACCUAAUUGAAAGGAGGCGGCGAUUUAAUAUUAAUGACCGUAUAAAGGAGCUUGGUACUCUCAUACCCAAGUCAAGUGACCCUGAGAUGCGGUGGAAUAAAGGCACAAUUCUGAAGGCCUCUGUGGAUUACAUCAGAAAAUUACAGAAGGAGCAACAGCGAACCAAGGAUAUCGAACUGCGCCAGAAAAAAUUGGAGCAAACGAACCACAGUUUAAUGUUGCGUAUCCAGGUUGGAGAAAACUGCUUAUUGAUGGAGCUGGAAAUACAGGCGCGUGUCCAUGGCCUUUCUUCGAAAACCAGCAGCUCCUCUGGUCUGAGCUCCAGUCCUGCCCUGCUGCAGCAGCACCACCAAACCAUUCAGAACGGCCAGUCCCUACACCCCAGCGCCGACGCGACGUCCAGGCAUAAUCUCCUCAGUCUUGGUGUGGCAACCAUUGGACAGUCUCUCCCCACCGCUUUCCUCUCCCCACCUUCGUCAGACUCUCCUGCUGGGGUCUCCAUCACCAGCCCUUUAGACUUGGGCAGUUUGAGCUUUGCAGAAUUGGAAGACACUUCCACCUCAGCGCUUUACCCUGAUGUGGGCUUGGGGGACAUUCUUAUGGAUGAGGGGUGCACCCUCUCUCCAGAGGCGGUGGCUGAGCCCCUCUUCUGUCCUCUGUCACCGGGUGCCUCGAAAAGCAGCAGCCGCAGGAGCAGCCUUAAUAUGGAUGAAGACUUGUGAUAAACGCCAUGAGAGAUGCCCAUGCACGAAAAAAGACUAAAUGUCAGCAUGCAUUCUGUCACUUUUGGUAGGUGAGUUUGUUUGGAGGACUGUUGACCGGAAGCAUUUUGAGGUAAAUAUUCAGAUCGAAACCAACCUAAAUGUUAGUGACACUAACUUUACCCCAUCAUCAUUCUACAUGUUAUUGUUCCUAUUGGUGUGUAAAUGCAAUAGUAUCAAAAGAGAAUAUUUUACACUACACGGAUGCUUACACAAGGCGGCACAGUGGAAGACUGGUUCGCACAUCUGCCUCACAGUUCUGAGGACCAAGGUUCAUAUCCCGGCCUCGCCUGUGUGGAGUUUGCAAGUUCUCCUCGUGCCUGCGUGGGUUUUCUCCAGGUAAUCUGGUUUCCUCCCACAUUCCAAAAGCAUGCAUCAUAAGUUAAUUGAAGACUCUCAAUUGCCCAUAGGUCUGAAUGUGAGUGUAAAUGGUAGUUUCCCUGUGCUCAGUGAUUGGCUGGCCACCAGUUCAUGGUGUAUCCUGCCUCUCACCCUAAGGUUGCUGGGAUAGGCUCCAGCAGUCCCGUGACCCCUGUGAGAAUAAGUGGCUCAGAUAGAUAGAUGGAUGGAUGGAUGCUUAAACAUACAUUGACAAAUGUUUUAAGAUUUAAGAGUAAUAUUAGUUUUUGCUUGAAUUUAUAAUGUGGUUAUACAUAGGGAAGAUUUUUUGGCCUUAUUAACGUGAUAUUAUUUGCAAAAGCAAAUACAUACAGACAUCAGUUCUCUUUUCUGACUGGAAUCAGGUUUUACACGCUUGUCCUUGUUGGGAUGUCUAGAGAAGGUACAAAAGGGAAUUGGCACAUAAUUAUGAAAUACUUGCCCUCAUGAUGUAUACAAAGUAAGAAUAUUUUAUUUUCCAGCAAUUUAUUGCACCUUAUGUUAUUGCAGUCUAUGCAUUUUAUGAGAGAUGUUUUUCCUACUGUGACAUGCAGUAUUUUUACGAGCUUGAAACCUGCUGCUGCUGCUGUUAGCCAAAGCAGGACUUCUUAAAGUGUAGCUAUAGUGCAAAUUACAAAUCACUGUUCUAUUUUCCAAUAUAUUCUGCUUCACAGCAUAACAUAAAGAUCAGUUUAUUUUUACAGUAGUACUGUAGUUCAUAUUUUUUAUACCAGAGUAAUUGAGGUGUAGUUUGUUUCUUGUAAUUAAUAAUUGUUUGUGAUUUUUAGUCUCAAUUAACCUUGAUGAUCACUGGCUGAUUUUACCUGAUUUCAUUUUUUUUUCUUCUGGAGGUGUGGGUAUCAAAUGAUCUAUAAAUGCAAUGCAUUCCCAUUUGAAUUAUUUUUUGUUUUGAACAAACCACUAUUUGCAGAUAUACUAUGAAGUAUCAAUAAACUAAAAAUAAAGACUAAACUAAACAAAAAAAAUAAAGGCAUUUAACUCAUUAACUCAUUAAAUGCAUUAUCCGACUUUAAAUUAUUGAAUGUGAAUUUGCCUGUGCAUCUUUAUCCUAACAUUUAUGUGGUUUUUGAGUUUGUGUCAGAACAUCUUUUAAAGUCUUGUGCCUGGAUUAGCAAUUUUGUCAGUUUUACAGUAACAUGUGAACUGAAAGAGCCCAGUUAGUUUUGACACUGUGAUUUUUCUUCUCCUGCAUGUACUCUCAGGCACUGUUUUUAAGCUAAAAUUAGCUAGUUUAGUGCCACUUAUUGAGUAAUACUAAAAUCAAGCAACAAAAGUUUUUUUUCUUUCCUCCCACAUAACUGCUUUCCAAAAUUUGAAGAACGUCCAACUUUUCACAAACUGCUUAUCUUAUUUGUGAGUCACUGUGUCAAAUGUAUGUUUUUGGUCAUGCUCAGUGGAGUGUCUUUCAGCAAAUUUGAAUAAACUAUUCUUUCAGGUG